AUGGAAAAAUCUGAGCUUGAAGAGGCUUUCGAGUCUGCAAAGACUUCUGAAGAAAUGCUUAAGGCUUUCAAGAACAUGGAGUCAGCUUUUGAUGAGAGAGAGCUUGGUUUGGCUUCUUUAAAAGUUGGCCUCAAACUUGACCAAGAAGGUGAGGACCCUGAAAAGACUCUGUCUUUUGCUACCAGAGCCUUGAAAGCUUUGGAUAGAGAUGAUAAGCCUUCUUUGCCUGUUGCCAUGGCUUUACAAUUAUUGGGUUCUGCCAAUUAUAGCUUAAAAAGGUUUAGUGGUAGUUUGGGGUACCUUAAUAUGGCUAAUAGAGCAUUGGGUAGAUUAGAGGAGGAGGGUUUUGAUGUUCGGGAUAUUAGGCCUGUGCUUCAUGCUGUACAGCUCGAGCUGGCAAAUGUAAAGACGGCAAUGGGGAGGAGAGAGGAGGCUCUUGGGAAUCUUAGGAAGUGUUUGGAAAUUAAGGAGUUGAUGUUGGAGAAAGAUAGUACAGAACUUGGCAAGGCGAACCGGGAUUUGGCGGAGGCAUAUGUCGCUCUUUUGAACUUUAAGGAUGCAUUAGGCUUCUGUAUGAAGGCAUUGGACAUUCACAGACAGCAGUUGGGGCAGAAUUCGGUGGAGGUUGCACAUGACAGGAGGCUUCUUGCUGUUAUUUAUACUGGGUUGGAGGAGCAUGAGAAGGCCUUGGAGCAAAAUGAGUUGUCACAAAGGGUUUUGAAGAAUUGGGGCCUUAGUUCUGAUUUGCUUCGUGCAGAGAUUGAUGCUGCUAAUAUGCAGAUUGCUUUGGGAAAGUUUGAUGAGGCUAUUGAUACUUUGAAGCGUGUUGUUCAGCAAACAGACAAGGAGAGUGAGACUAGGGCAUUGGUAUUUAUCUCGAUGGGAAAAGCCUUAUGUAAUCAGGAAAAAUUUGCCGAUGCAAAGAGAUGUUUGGAGAUUUCUUGUGGAAUUCUUGACAAGAAAGAGACAGUCUCCCCGGUAGAUGUUGCUGAGGCAUACUCAGAAAUAUCAAUGCAAUACGAAUCUAUGAAUGAGUUUGAGACUGCAAUUUCACUGUUAAAGAGAACAUUGGCUUUGCUUGAGAAGCUCCCACAAGAACAGCACUCCGAGGGGAGUGUUUCGGCUAGAAUAGGGUGGUUACUUCUGUUGACUGGAAAGGUCUCACAGGCUGUUCCUUACUUGGAGAGUGCAGCUGAGAGGUUGAAAGAGAGCUUUGGUCCCAAGCAUUUUGGUGUGGGCUAUAUAUACAAUAACUUGGGGGCAGCAUAUUUGGAACUAGACAGACCUCAGUCAGCUGCUCAGAUGUUUGCUGUUGCGAAGGACAUCAUGGAUUUUUCGCUUGGCCCCCAUCAUGCAGAUUCAAUUGAGUCAUGCCAGAACCUCUCAAAAGCAUAUGAUGCCAUGAAAAGCUAUGCCCUUGCAAUCCAAUUCCAGCAGCAAGUAGUUGAUGCUUGGGAAAGCCAUGGACCAAGUGCUCAAGACGAACUCAAAGAAGCACACCGAGUUCUCGAACAAUUGAAGAAAAAAGCCCGUGGCACAUUUGCAAAUGAUGAGCAUGCUACAAAGGCCUUGCCCUUACCCCAAACUCAUCCAUCUGCCAGGAGUUCGUAA